GGAAGUGUCUGUUCAUGUCUGGUCUAAGUAAUGAACAGCUGAACCAUAUGGAUGACCACACCUUGCCACAUAAAUAUGGGAUUGGAUUUACAAACAUGGUUGAAAGGACAACACCUGGAAGCAAAGACCUCUCCAGCAAAGAGUUUCGGGAAGGAGGGCGAAUUCUGAUGCAGAAGUUACAAAAGUAUAAACCUCGUAUAGCAGCUUUCAAUGGAAAAUGUAUUUAUGAAAUUUUUAGUAAAGAAGUUUUCGGAAUAAAAGUUAAGAACUUGGAAUUUGGACUGCAGCCACACAAGGUGCCAGACACAGAAACUCUCUGCUACGUUAUGCCAUCAUCCAGCGCAAGAUGUGCUCAGUUUCCCCGUGCGCAAGAUAAAGUUCAUUAUUACAUAAAGCUGAAGGACUUAAGGGAUCAACUGAAAGGCAUCGCACCAAACACAGAGGUGCAGGAGGUGCAGUACACGUUUGACUUGCAACUUGCACAAGAGGAUGCUAAAAAGAUGGCUGUCAAAGAAGAAAAGUACGAUCCAGGUUAUGAAGCAGCGUACGGCGGAGCUUACUGUGAUCGUGCACCGUAUGGAAGUGAACAGUGCGAUUUCUCCUCAAACGGAAGUGCAGCAAGCAAUCCACAGUACUGUGAGGGGUCGUCCUUUGGUGAGGUUCCUAAUGGACAAUGGAUGACACAGUCCUUUGCAGACCAGAUUCCAGAGUUCAGUGCUGGUGUGACACAGGAAGAAGAGGGAAGCAGUGCUUAAGAGCCUUUUCAGCUCAGCUAUGCAUACAUGCUGCAGUUUUAAUGCAGUGAUCAAGAUUGGUACCUCGGUUCUCCAACUGAAGCAUUUUAAUAGUAUUUUAUCUCCAUUAGUUAUUUUAUUAUAGUCCAAAGUAAGUGUGUGGUAGGCUCAAAUCAAUGAAAUAGAUAAUUUUAAGGAACUGUCCGAACUUUUUAAAAAAAAGUUAGCCCUUUUUUGUAUAUGAGUUUUAUAUUUAAUGUAUACCAUUUCUUGCAGUUUUUGACAAAUUGCUUUCUCCUUUGUGAAG